AUGGCGGGGAUGGGUCAGAUGGGGAUGGGGAUGGGGAUGCAAGGUGGAGGUGGGGCGGGACAGAUGGGCAUGGUCGGCAUGCAGAACCGCGCGGGCAUGGGCGCCAACGCGUUUUCCGCUCAGCCGGGACAGAUGGCCGGCGCCGGAGGUCAGAUGCAGCAGCAGGGCAUGCACGGCGGCGCCAAUCCGUCGCAUCUCAGCCUCACGCCGCAGCAGCAGCAGGCGCUGGGCUCGAUGAACGCGCAGCAGCGGCAGCUGUACCUGCUCCAGAUGUCGAACCGCGCGAUGGCGGGCGGGAUGGGCAUGGUCGGCGGGAUGGGUGCCGGCGCGUCGCAGAACAUGGCGAACAUGGUCGGCAUGGCGCAGGGCGGGAUGGGCAUGGUGCCCGGCAUGAGCGGGAUGCCCAUGAGCCAGGCCCAGAUCGGCAUGGGCAUGGGCAUGGGUAUGGGCCCGCAGCACCAGCAGCGGCUGUCGAUGGACGGCUCCUCCGGCGCGCUCGACCCCAGCCAGAUGCAGAUGGGCCAGCCACAGCAAGCACAGCAGCAGCAGCAGCAGCAAUCUCCUCAAGCCCACCAGCAACAGUUUGCGGCGCUGCGCUCGAACCCGAUGCCGCCGAACAUGCCCGGGAUCGCGCGCGCGACGCGGACGCCGUCGGACCACGCCGGCUCGCCGAUGACGCCGCAGGCGGGCGGGCGCUUCCCGAGCGCGACGCCGGAGGACUAUCAGCGCGCGGCGAUGAUGCGCAGCCGCAUGGGCUCCCAGCAGGGGUACCUCAUGGGCCAGCAGCAGCAGCAGCAGCAGCAGGCGGGGAUGA